GGAUAUUGAAUGUAGAGAGCGCUGUAUAAUAUACCGGCUACGUCCCAAAGAUGAAUGCAAAACUGCCUUUAGAUACUAACUAUGAUUUAGAACAACAGUUCAUCCUUCGGAUGACAGACACAGUUGCUGCUCAAAAUCUGGCAGCCGAUAUCGAUGCUGGCAUACCUUUCAAGGAAAAUUUUACCGUAGAAUUCAAACCUGAUAUGCGACAUACAAUUGUUCGGUAUAAUGGUCAAGUUUACCAAGGUCAGAUUAUGGAUCUCCCAUGCAUAAUAGAAUCCUUGAAGACUACAGAUAAAAAGAAUUUCUACAAAACAGCUAAUAUCUGUCAAAUGAUGAUUUGUACUCAAGGUGAUGAAACUGGUCCACUACGUGGGACUGCUGCAUAUUUAGACAAUCGUCCUGGUUCACGCAAUAAAACAUUUGAUAUUAGUCAUGAAAAUCGAGAAUUUCAAUUUCUUCAUGGGAUAACACCACCAUUAAAAAAUGUCUUACAUCGUCGAUUUCGUAAAACGCGUAGAAAACGUUUUGUUGAUAUGCCUAAAAUUGAGAAAGAAGUCAAACAACUACUGAGAGCUGAUUUACAAGCUGUCAAUGUAAAAUGGGAAGUUAUAUGGACUGAUCCACCUGCGCCUGUAAUACGAUCGAAUGGAAAUAACAAUAAAUCAAGUCUAUCUAAUAAUGAAACCGAUAGUUGUAAUAAUGUUCAAUUAGGCAAUCAACAACGUACAGCUGAUGAUGAAUUAGAAGAGGAAGAAGAUGAAGACGGUGGACGAGCAUAUGCAAUAGAUCAUCGUGAUGUAUUCGGUGAAAUAAGUAGUAGCAGUAUUGGUUCUUCAAGUGAUAGUGACGACAACAGUAGUAGUAGCAGUCAUCGCGGGAAUGGUGGUGGUGGCGGCGCUGACCGUCGUCGUCAUCGUCAUGAAGGAGGUGGAGGAAGGGAAAGACUUGGAAGUAAUGAUCAUCCUAGUGAUAAUGAUGAGCACACUGUUGUUGGUGAUGGCAAAGUAAAAGAUUAUAAUCAAUCAUCUGCACAAAAUCAAACUACUGAUAAUAAUGCUUUGAUAACUAAUCAAUCAACUUCAGAAACUGUAUAUAACAAACUAAAAUCUACCACUAUCACUUCAACAACUAACGAUCUCGUUAAUGAUGUUAUUUCUGCUACUACUUCUAUCAUUCCUGUUGAUAAUCUUAAAGAUGAAUUGGCUGCGGAACUUUUACUAUCUGAUUCCGGUGAUGAACAAGCUGAUAGUGUUGAUGAUGAUGAUUUACAAACUUCUGUUGUUACUGAAUUAAUUGCAAAUUCUACUAAUGAUAAUCCUAUGAAUAUUCAACAUAUUCAUAAUGCUACAAUAAAUAAUCAAAUUGAUGAUGAUUGUAUUGUAACUGGUACCAUCACUGAUCUAGAUAAUUUAGUGGAUGUGGUCGUUAAUGAUGUUGAUGAAGAUGAUGAUGAUGAACGUAACAAUAUUAUACAUAGAGGUGGUGAAUUAUUGGAUGAUAAUUCAUUUAUGGGUUUCACGAAUACAACAACACAAAACUUUUAUAAUGUAUUCAAUGCAGAUAUUGACGAUGAAGAUACUUCAUAAUAAGGAGAAUAACAAAAGCAAGUGAGUUUAUUGUUUAGCAGAGUUUAUUACUAAACCUGAAGAUCCUAGGUUCAAUGCCUGGUGUAGUUGUGGAUACGCACUACACAGAACAAAACAGUUGUCUAGUGAUUGUAGAUUUUCAGUAUUUCUCUAGGUAAUAUCUGUUCAUGAUAUAAAAUAUGCAACUCAACAGUCUCAGAAUCUGUACACCAUGCAAUAAAAAAAAAAUUAAUGAAUUAGAUUUCACUGACUGUAAAAGCAAUUUUUCUGAAGUCCUGAAAUGUUUAACUUUGUUUUCUACAGUUUUCCCAUUUAUACUUAUUCAAUAAUCUUUGCUAAACCACCUUAGUAAUAAAAAAAUGAUAGUUUCUAUUAAGUUUUUACUUCAAUAAUUUAUGUUUCUACCGUCUAUCAAGCAAACUUAUCUUCCGUGUUUUAAUUUGUACAAUGAGAACCUUCUACAGUUCUUUAUAUAAUCUGUAAGUGUAUGAUACAAUGUGAGUUUAAAGUUUACAUUAUUGUCUAUCGAUUGAGAUCUUGAACCGAUUUGUGUUAGACCACCAUUGAAAGCCUGGAAGCACUGGAUGGUCGUUCCAUCCUAUUGUGGAUGCGCACUGCCGAGGAAUCCCAAAAGUAUUUGUAUGAAGUCUUGCAUUAUCCCUUUUUAACUAUAACUUCAUUGAUAACGAAAACCAAACUUGAAUCAUUCAGGAAUUUCUUGGCUUUCUAUAUAAAUUCCUUUAUACAACUAAUUUACUUACGUACUACUGUUACUCCGCCUGGAUCCCCUCUGGGGCUACUGCCGGUCCCAAGCACGGAUGAAGGAGGAGGGUUGGGCAUGGGGUUAGCAACCCUAUCCCGUAGAAAACUAACUCACUAAAGAAACGCUAAUCAGUAAGAAAGUAUACAACUAAUAUUCUCUCAAAUUAACUCCAAGAUUAACUGUUAAGCAAUAUCAUAUUGUUGUAGUAUCAACCGUCACAUCGAACCUACUUCAACCGUAUCAAUAACCAAGUAUAGUUUAAUGAUUUUCUUCAAAUUGUUUUCUCGUCGAAUUUCCUACUCUAAUUGAACACCAUAUGAUUCGCUUUUAUGCAUUUUUAUUAUUCAGCUGACUUAUUAUCAUUAUUUUGUUUUAUUGAAACAUUUCAAUAGGUUCAUCAUAAAAUUCGAGAUAUUUCUUUGAGCUGAUUUUUUAGUGACUCCAAAAUUUGACUUCAUAUAGAUCGUAUGAAUGAUUUUUAUCGAAAUAUACAUCCUGACUAUUCUCGUAUAUUGUUAUCGACUUGAAUCAGGUUAUUGAUUUGAACAGACAAUCAGAAGUAUAAAACGAAGAGAAGAGAUUGAAGCAAAAUGAGGUACAGUGGAGAUGGCUUGUGAGCCAACUCAAUUUAAUCAAUAUUUAUAUUCACAUGAAAACAAGCUACAGAGAUGUGAUGAAUGGGAUAAGAAGGGUACACACAUAACCUAACAUAAAAACAGUCAAGUUUGAUAAGCGAAUAUUUAAAAAGGUCGAAAUAUGACUCAAGAUGAAUGAAUGAAUUGGCCUGUCUAGAAGCUAGAAUAAGGUAUCUGGGCUUAACAUCAUAUUGUACCGCAGCAAUUGCAUAAUAGCACUCAUGUGUUCAUUAGAAAUGAUAAUCAUAAUCUGUAUUAUUAAUGUUUCAUUUGUUUCCAUGUAUUUUAUGUUACGGUGAAUCAAAUUUAUUAUUAUUACUGGGUUUUUUUUGUAUUUUCUUCUAGUGAUUAACGUAUGUUGCUAGCCUAACUUAUUGAAACUUAAUUUUGUUUAUUAUUUGAAGUGAUGAAUUGGGAUACAUUGGAUAACUUACAAUUUCUAUACAUAAAUAUGCACUUUACAUUUGUAAAUAAAACUCUACUUUUAUAUCUC